GUUACGUACCUGUAGUUUAAUAUCGACUGCUAAAUUUGGUACAUAUGCGACGUGUAUUCAAAUAAAUGAUUAUAGAAUGUAGUGAAUUAAAAUAAUUGUUUUCUAUACAGAAAGAAGAUCAAAAUAAAACGUGAAUUUUCAUUUUCAUAUCUCAUCAGGAAUAAAUAAUUAUUUUCACAAUGCCGAACUUGCAAAAUAAAUUACCACGGCUUGCUGUUCGAGACAGUUUUGAUGAUGAGGAUUUAAGCGAUAUAGACGAUGAAGUUUUUAUUCGCGAUGGAAAGAAUGGAAUUUUAAAAAUAGAUGACGAUUGUGUUGUUAAAAGACCAUUAAUGGCGCCUCGGCGAAAAUUUAGAAAUGUUCAUGAAAAGGUUGUUUUGCCUUAUAGAGCAUUAUUAGUUCCAAUUUGUUAUGGAUUAAUAGCAUUAUUAAUUUUACUUGGACUUAUUUUCCUUUGUGCAUUAACUGUCAAUUUAUUUCCCAUGCCAUUAACAAUAAUAAGAAAAUUUUUAUCGCAUGGCACAAAAAAUCAUAUUAACAAAACAACAACAAUUCCAUGUACUUCAUUGUCUUCGAAAAUUGUUUGGACGAAAACAUUACCAAAAUUAACAUCAGAAGCACCAUUGAGAAAUAAUGAUGUGAAUGGUGAUAAUAUUGAUGAUAUCAUUGCAGGAUUUAGCACAGGAUUGGACGCAACGGAUUCACCGGAUUAUGUUUGCAAUUUAUAUUUCAAAGAUCAAAAACCCUGUUUUGGUGGUGUUAUUGCAUUAAAUGGAAAAUCAGGCGACAUUAUUUGGACCCAUUGGACGAGUCAUGCAAUAUUUUCCGUUGAUUGUAAUCUCGAUUUAACAGGUGAUUCAACAAAAGAUUGUAUUAUAUCAGGACGUGGUGGAAUUUUGCAUGCCGUGAAUGGUCGUGAUGGAAUUAGUAUUUGGGAAAUACCAAGAGCCGAUAAAGGACAAUUGACAUCUGAUAAUCCAGAUAUUUAUGAUGCAAAAUAUAUUGUUGAUAUUGAUAAUGAUAAAAUUGGUGAUGUUAUAGCAUCGCAUAUUCUUCAAAUGGAUGAGAAACUUGUUUCUGAAAUUGUAAUAGUCUCGGGAAAGAGUGGCAAAAUUAUUCGCAAUGUACAAUUACCCGAUACAGAAGAAUUAUUCGUUGCUCCUCAGGUUCUUGUUCAUCCAGAUGGGGAAAAUAUUUUCGUUAUUGUCACCAAUAGUCAAAAACAAUCCGGUGGACUUUAUGUUAUUCGUCAAGCUCAAUUAAUGCAAGGAGAAUUGAAAUUGCGCAAGUUACAUCACAGUGCAGGGAAGGGUGUUCUUUUGGCACCAAUUUUAGUUGAUAUUAAUUUAGAUGGAACGGAGGAUAUUGUCGCUGCAAUGUUUAAUUCGACAAUAGUUGCAUAUGAUGGAAAAUCGUUUCAACAAAUUUGGAAUUACACAAUACCUGAUUCGGAAGUGAUAAGUAUUCCAAUUCCGGGUUAUUAUGAUGACGAUAAUAUUCCUGAUUUUAUGGUGAAACAUCAAAUUGGUGCUGGAUUUCCAGUGUAUUAUUAUACAGAGGCGACAAUUAUCAGUGGAAAAACAGGAAAACCAUUAAUUGACGAGCCAAUGAGGGAUAGUAUGAGUGGACAAAUGUCAGGAUUGUCAAUAUCGGUACAAGGUUAUGGAAACGAUUGGUUUUUACAUUGGUCAGCUGAUUGUUUGAAUCAUGAAGGCUCGCGGGAUAAAUAUCAAUUUUUUAAAGGACAAAAUGACAAUACACAAACACGUGCCGAUCUUUGUAAAUUGCGAUUUAAUUCGACAUUGAUUACCUCGUUAUUUGCUUUUAGUCAACAUGUUGCACCACCAGGUAUUCCAUUGUAUAAGUCUGAGGAUUGGAAAAAAUUGGAAUUUAACAAUUCAUUUGAUCCGCGACAAGCUGCGGAGAAUUAUUUUGAAACUCAUCCACUCGAUGAAAUGAUAGAACCUUUAAUUGAAAAUGACGAUGUAUCGGAACGUUCGCCAAAAAUACGUAAAAAUUCACAAUUAAGUGAUAAAUUUGAAUUAGAUGAUGAGAAAUAUGAUAUUGAAGAUUAUAAAGAUGAAGAGCGGCAAAUAAUAGGUUUUGAUGAUAAAGUACCAGAUGAUAUGAGUAUUGCUGAAGAAUUAAGAGAUUUAGAUGAGGAAAUGAGACCGAAAAAAAUUUACGACGUUCUUUAUGACGAUGGCAGUGAACGUUUCUCGACAAAUGAAAUGCGUGCACAACGCAGUGAUAAAUUAAUUGCAAGAAUAAAUAAUGAUACAAAUGAUGUGCAAAAUAAACUCGAUCCAAAUUUAGAUUACACUAAUGGACAAUCAAAAUAUUCAUUUGAACCAGUGAACAGAACAAAUUCCCUUGAUGAGAAUUCUGAUUAUUUUAAUAUGCCCGAUAUUGAUUUCACUGAUGAUUCUGAGGAAAUAACUAAAAUUUUGGAGAGAAGAGAUACUCAAAAUGUGAAAGAGAAAAUUCCAACAAAAAAAUAUAAAACUGUAAAGAAGAAAAUUAAUAUUGAAAAUAAUGAUGAUAAAACACUUUUUCGAUCUAAACGAAUUCGCAAACGAUCGACAAUUGAUUUGAAAAGAAAUGUGAAUUUUAAAAAUUCUGGAAUUCAACGACAACCACCAACUGGAAUUUUACUACCUUCUUUAAAAUCGACACAAAAACGAUCAAUUGAUCUUAUUUUUUCGACAUAUUGGCUUCCAGCGACUGAAACACCGAUUAUUCUUCUUGAACAGGAUUUGAAUUGUAUACGAGGAAAACAAAACAAUCAAGCAAGAAAUGUAGAUCUUUCAACAUAUGAGGAUAUAGUGAAAGAAUGCCUCGCAGAGCGUGGUGUUGAUUACAAAUAUUUCGAAGAAGUUAGUGAUCGAGAAAAUAUGAAAAUUUCCCUUGGACAAAUGACAAUUUAUCGAAUGCAACUUCAAUGUUCUUGUCCUAAGGAUAUUUUACCAGGUGACACAUGUAAAGAUAUUUUACGUCGUCAGAGUUGGCCUGCGCAUCUUGGCGCAGCUGGAAAUGGUUACUUUCGACCAUAACGAUUUUAAAAGAAAGAAAACAAAAAAAAAACUAAUAUUUGAAAGGAAUGCUCAGAAUUUGGUAAUCAAUGGGAGGGAUAUUUAGUAAUUGAAAGUCGGGGAAAAAUUGAUUUAAAGUUAUAUGUUAAUUAGAAUUUUAUUUAUUUAAAGAUCAAUUAAUUAACGAGAUUUGAAAUUAUAUUUAUUUGUUUCGUUCCAGAUUUUUUGUUGUUAAAAUUUAAAAUUUUAAUUUUCAAAUUUGAUUGUAAAGAACAUUUUAUUGAUUGUUAAAACAAAUUGAAUGUUCAUAAGCAGACUCCUCGCGAGACAAUAAAUCCGAAGGGCCUUUUUAACAAUUGAUUGAAAAUUAUUAUUUUUUUGUUAUUCAAAUAUUUUCUUUUUGGCUCUUAGACGAGUUGAGAAAAAUGUGAUUUGUCCCAAAUACAAUUGAAAAAAGACUAACUUGAUCAUUAUGCGAAAAAUUAAAAUCAAAAUCUAGAAGGCUUAUCAGUUUAAAACUAUAUAGCCAAUAAAAAAUGUGUUCAAGAUUAAUUUUUCUUAAUAUUUAAAAGAAAAUAUCAAAUUUUACACAGUUCGAUUUUAAAGUACAAAAAUCAUUUUCGUAAUAUAGUUUAUAAAUGGUGCACGCAUUAAGACUUGUUAGAUCAAUAUUUUACACUCUUCUGUAUAAUACACUCCCGUGCACAAUUCGUUUGAUUGCUAUUUAUAAAAUAAAUAUUUUUUGUCAAUAAUUUUAUAUUAAAUAAAUAAAUUUUUAAUAUUUUAAAGGUAGAUCAUCAUCUGUUUUAAGUGGACACUUCACAUUUGUCUCGUAAAAAAAAAAUAUAACUGUAUAUAUAUAAUAAUAUAUAUUCUCUGAUAAUAUAAUUCUACUCUCUUUAAGAAAUAAAAAAAAAUGUGUAAUUUCUAAUUGUGAAAUAUUGUCAGUGAUUAUCUGUCGAAAAAAAACGUGGUUUUAAAGGUAAUAGAAAAAAUGGCAAAUGUGGUGGUCCAGUGCAUACAAUUGCAAAAGGUUAGCCAAAUGCAUAUUGUAUAAAACAAAAAAUAUUGUAUAUCAAAGUUUCAUAUCAAGUGAUUUAACAUUUUUUUAUUGCACUUGUCACAAAAGAAUUGUUACUUCGUUUCAGAAAUUCUUUUACAAAACUGUACAGCCAACGUUUUAUUAUAAUUAAUAUCUUUGUUUCACCAUAUAAUAUAUUGAAUAAAAAUGUAUCACAUUUAA